AGGUAUAUUAGGGUGGACCAAUGGUAUCUAUCUCCACAUAUGCAAGUCGCACUCAAGGGAAACAUUGUUUAUGAAAGCUUUUCAGUACACUUUUUAAUUAUCUUUAAAUGUAAAAAAUUUGAUAUUUCUUCACAAAAUAGAUUAAAAUUAUCUUAAAACCACCUAGCAAUGUUGAGGACCAGCCUAAGUAGCAGGUAAAAACACAGCAGUAUUCUUCCAUCCGUCCACAGAUAAUGGUUACAUAUUUAUACAGAAUGCAUAUAUUCAUUUUCGGGUUUGCCUUAUUUUGCAUUUUUUGGGAUCUGUUAUUUUCGGUGCAGUGAAAAUCGGAUCUUUGUUUUAGUUACUCGAGAACUGGCGAUAUGAGCGGUAGUCAAUUUCUUCGCGCCCUGGGACGAACGCUGGGAUUGGGUAGAAACCAGCUGAAGGUCGAUAGCCGACAUGUGGUGCUGAUCACGGGAUGCGAUUCGGGACUGGGCCACUCCAUGGCCGUUUACUGCCAUGAGUCCCUGCAGAUGACCGUGGUUUCCUGCUGUCACAAUGUUAAAUCCGAAGGAGCAAAGCUGCUGCAGAGUUUAAAUUCCUCUAAGGACGGGCUUACCAGGAUGCACACCUUGGAACUUGAUCUUCUAGAACCCGACUCCAUUCGCCAGGUUCAUCAGCAGCUUAGGGAUAUACUGGCCAAGGAUCCCAGCUAUCGGCUAACAGCACUUAUCAAUAACGCCGGAGUAAUGUGCUUCGGGGAAUUCGAGUGGCAGUUACCCGAGCAGAUCGAAACGCAGAUCAACUGCAACCUGCUGGGCACCAUGAGGCUAACCCGUGAAUUGCUUCCACUGCUCCGCCAGCAGCAGGGCAGGAUUAUCAACGUGACCAGUCACUGUGGACUGCAGGCUCUUCCUGCAUUGGGUCCCUACGCCGCCUCCAAGGCCGCCCUUAGGUUUUGGACAGAUGCCCUACGAGUUGAACUCCAGCAAUACGGCAUGGAGGUGGUUAAUUUUAUACCAGGAUCCUUUGUCCUGGAUAGCAACAUUGCAGCGCGUCAGCAGCAGCAUGCUCAGAAGAUGCGGGAAGCCUUCAGCCAGGAGCAACAUGCUCUUUACGACACCUACUUCGAAGCCUUCAAUAGUUACCUGAAAAUCUUAAGCGGCUUCAAGCCACCCAAUAGGCUGAAGAACGAAUCUUUGCUGGCGAAAUUCAAAGAUGCCUUGACCAGCUCCCAACCCUUAGCAUUGUACAUCGAGGAACCCCGCAGAUAUCGCCUCUAUCGUUGGCUCUUUUCGCUUUGUCCCACUCCGCUGGUGGACUGGCUCACCGUGCGCUUCUGCGCCAUGCCCACCUAUGAGUCCACAAAUAGGCAGAAGAAGAUUUAGAU